AUGACCAAGGAAGUAGAAGCUCGUCUCAGUGUGAUGGAGACCAAUAUGCUGCGCUGGACAGCCGAAGUAACACGACUAGACCGCAUAAGCAAUGACGUCAUCAAGGAGCGAGUCGGUGUUGCGCCCAUUGUCGUUAAAAUGCGCGAAGCCCGUUUCCGUUGGUAUGGUCAUGUUUUCCGCGCGGAUGAAGACAAUGUUCGUAAGAUCGGUCUCAACCUUGAUGUGUCCGGAAAACGGCCUAGAGGACGCUCAAAGCAGCGAUGGCUCGAUACAUUGCCCGAAGACCUCAAAACGGUUAACAUUCACCCCGAUCGAGCGUUCAAUCGAAAGAAGUGGCUUCAACAUGUCAGAAAAGCGGGCCCGUCUAAAUGCGUGACAGGCGCUAAAGAAUAA